UGGCAACCGCACGCCGCCAUCUUUGAUUGUGCGACAGGCCGCGGCGCGAGCGGGGCCUCACUCAACAAGAGAAACGGUCUGACACGAGAUACCGGGAGAGGAGAGACACGGAGACACGGGACUACCGGACAGGAGCUCCCGCAGGACCGGCCGAACACACACAGAGCGAGCGGCGCCGAACCCCCGGCGGAGGAGACGUUAAAGAGCCGUUGCAUGCGGAGAGAGAAGCUAACCGCCGUUAGCUUGUUAGCACACCAGCUUUUGUAAUCCGCCGGCCAGACUCUCUACACAGAACCGGGACCAAACCGGAUCAGAGCCGGACCACACAGAAGCAGAAAGAACCGAGGAGACAGCGGCAGGAGGCUGGUUCUGAGGGCGAGGCCAAAGGACCAGACUCAAUGAGUUUCCAGCGAAAUGUCCGAGAAGUCAGGGCAGAGCACCAAGGCAAAGGAUGGCAAAACAAAGUAUGCGACCCUUAGCCUCUUCAACACCUACAAGGGCAAAUCUCUGGAAACCCAGAAAACUGCAGUGGCUGCCAGACAUGGGCUCCAGAGUUUGGGCAAAGUUGCUGUCAGCAGGCGCAUGCCCCCUCCGGCCAACCUGCCCAGCCUGAAAGCCGAGAACAAGGGAAACGACCCCAACGUUAACAUCGUCCCCAAAGACGGAAGUGGCUGGGCCUCUCGACCUGAGGCUGGGGAAGAGAGGCAACAGGAGACGCCCCCACCACAAGUCAAACCAGUGGUUGUCCAGCCGCCAGAGCCGACUGUCGGGGUCAGUCGCUCUUGGGCCAACAGCAAGCAGACACAGCUUGACGGAGCUCCUCGGGUGAGCAGCCAUUUUCAUCAGGAGUUUCCCAGCCUGCAGGCAGCAGGUGAGACAGAGAAGGGGGAAGGCCAGGAAGAGGAGCCUUAUGGCCCUGGACCGAGUCUCAGACCACAAAAUGUUGGCAGUUGGCGCGAAGGUGGAGGCAGAAAUUUGAACACAGCACCCAGCCCCCCUGAGAUGGACAGCAGGGCUGGGGAAGAGGGCACAAGUCUGGGUACCUCGACACCACCAGGGGAAGCAGAGGAACCAGGGCGAGCUGCAUCUGUUGAUGCUCAGAGGGAGAAGAGGGAGGGCAGGGAGAGGCUGCCCCCCUCUGGACCCCCUCAGCCUAAACUCAAUGGGGGGCAGCAGCCUCCAGGGGGGGUGCCCACGCACUUUGACCCUGCUUUCAGGAGCAUGAUGCCACCUUACAUGUUUCAUGCAUAUCCUCAGAUGACCUUUGGCCCGGGGCAAGGAAACUUCAGAUACCCUGUACCACAAGAUGGAGCCAAGGCAUGCAGGGGUCCUCGUCCAGGACGGCCGCAGCAGGCUCCCCCUCAGGCGUGGCUCCAGGACCCUGACAGACCCUCCAUCGUCAGCGCGACUGAACUGAAGGAGCUCGACAACUUAGACACUGAGGCUGACGAGGGCUGGGCAGGAGCUCAGAUGGAGGUGGACUACACGGAGAAACUGAACUUCAGCGACGAUGAGGAGAACCAAGCUGCUAAAGAGAAACGAGAAAACUGGGAGUGGAUGGGUAAAGUGGAGCGUAUGAGACCUCGUCCACCAGACGGUCAGGAGGUCUGGAAGGACGGCUCUGAGGACCUCGGGGUCGGGAAAUCCUCCUGGGCUGAAGGUGUUGAUCCCCGGGCACCAUCACCUGGCAGCAUGGGGCAGUACAAGUCAGCUGCUCCUCAGGACUUCCAGGCUGGCAGCCGUCCUGUUGGAAGCGGAGCUCCCCGUGGCGCUAAACCACAGGCUGCUACGGCAGCUCCUGCUGCUGAUGAAGACCCUGAGGCCUGGAGACAAAAACGCAAGAAGCCUGUGGAGGUUUCUGAAGCUGUGGAACGAGCAAGACGGCGGAGAGAGGAAGAGGAGCGGCGGAUGGAAGAACAGCGGCUUGCUGCUUGUGCUGAGAAACUCAAACGUCUGAACGAAAAACACCGACCAUCAGGUGAGGGCAAACCCGCCCCCGCUCAGAGCCCCACUGAUGAUGUAGGAGAUACCCGUGAGGAAACAUCCUCACCAGCUCCCGCUCCUGCAUCCAGUCCUGGACCUUCAAUUCCAGCUCCACCAUCGCCGGCCCCCAUUAUGCCGGCUCCUCUGCCUGAGAGGGUGGAGCAAGAGAUAACAGAACCUAGUGUGGAGGAGGAGGAGGUUCAUCUGCCCCCUGAGCCCAGCCCCCCCAUCCACAGACCUGUGACCAGCGCCCCAGAACCUCAGAGCGAGGGAGAGGGCUCUGUGGGUGAGGUCGGCCCCCUGAUGGAGGAGGACCAGACUACAGUGCCUAUCAGAGACUAUUUCAACAUGGAGGACAGCAGAGUGGAUGAGCCCCACCUGUCCCUGCCUCACAUGGAUCCCCCUGGUGGCGAGGACGUCCCUGUGGCUCCCCCGCAGCUGGAAGGAGAAGCAGCUGCAGCGAUGCGUCCUUCUCUCACCUCAGGAUAUUCCAAACAGUUUCAAAAGUCUCUGCCUCCUCGUUUCCUCAGACAGCAGGAGCAGAUGAAGCAGCAGCAGUGGCAGCAGCAGCAGCAGGGUGGAGGCUCCAUGUCCCCAUCAGGGGCCGGAGGAGUUCCAGCCUCCCAGCAGCAGCAGCAGCAGCAGCAGCAGCAGCAGCACCGCUCCAUGUAUCAGCCCAUGGGCCCGCACCACCAGCAUCUGGCCUCCAUGGGGUUUGACCCACGCUGGCUCAUGAUGCAGUCCUACAUGGACCCCCGCAUGAUGUCAGGACGCCCCCCUAUGGACAUGCCGACCAACAUCCACCAAGGGAGGAUGCCUCCAAAGCAGAUUGUGCGCAGAGAGCCAGGUGAUAACUCCAGCUCCAGCUCUGACUCCUUUGACCACCUGACCAGACCAAUACGAGACCACGGCCUGUCCUCAGACUCUCGGAUGGUGUGGGGAUCAGACCCUUACCCACAGUCUGAGCCGUUACCAUCUGUGACUCCUCCAAAAGGUCGGGAUGAGAACAAAGAGCCCAGGAUGGACUCUUGCCUGGAUCUGGACCGGGGUCUGCCUCCUAUAUACGCCCAGGACCACAGUGCAUUGGACUCCCAUAAAAGUAACUUCUUCCAGGACCCUACAGAGACCCUGUCAGCUUUCACCCAGGGCCCAGAGAGUGCAGCAGGGCCUCUGGACAGGGUCCCUGUCAGCUCAAGUUUUGACCCUGAGGAGCCUGGCCUCCCCAGUGGAGAGGAGGUGGAAGCUCUGGGACAAGCAAUGCUCCAGAGGAGCGUCUCACAGGGCUCCAGCCAUUCCUUGAAGCUGGACGAGCCCCGGUUUGAGGGUCUCCCCUUAGGGACAAAAACACUUGAGCUCCAGGACACAGAGAGGGCUGAGGAUAAGCCCCAGACUGAACUCUACCCCCAAGCAGCAGUGACCAGCAACAGGGCUACACCUCCUGCUGAUGGAUUACACAAACAAGAGAAGCUUCCUUUGCCAGCACCAAGCAAGCAGAAAGCAGAGCUGCGCUGGGGGGGCAGAUCAGGGGUCGGGCGAAGAGAAGGACCAGGAGGAGAGCGGCCUCUCCGCAGGUCUGGGCCCAUCAAGAAGCCUGUCCUGAGGGACAUGAAGGAAGAGAGAGAGCAAAGAGAAGAGCGGGAGAAGCGUCACGAGAGGGGCGAUAGAGGAGACCGGCCCAAGAAAGAUCAGUCAUCCAAAGCCCUGUCUGCAGCUGCUGCUGUGUCAGAGGGAUCCAGACCUCAGGGGGAGGGCAAGAGAGAAACCGCAGAGGCUGAGGAGACACCGAGUGGACAUCAGAGAGCCAGAGACUCUCAGCCUUCUUCUGGAGUUCCCACCUCAUCCUCCCAGGAGGAGAAAACGGACAAACUACCGAGCAAUGAUAAACACCCAGAACCCAAACUGCCCUCCAGGAAAGAAUCCAACCUCCCUCCACGAGGCUACCGCCGAGAGGAGAGGGAGAGAGAGCGGGACCGAGAGCGGGAUCGAGACCGAGACAGAGAUGGGGUUCGGGACAGAGACAGAGAGGGGGUUCGGGAUCGAGACCGAGACAGAGACCGAGACCGAGACCGAGACCGGGAUGGGGUUCGGGAUCGGGAUGGGGUUCGGGAUCGGGACCGGGAUUUGGGCAGAGAGAGGGAGAAGGAAAUGGACAAGGACAGAGAAUGGCCAGGAGACUCUAAUUUUAAAGGACGGGGUCGUGGGGAGUACUACUCCAGAGGGCGGAGCUACAGAGGAACUUACAGUGGCCGAAGCAGGGGGAGUCGUGGUCGUAGCCGGCCCGACUAUCCUUACAGGGAGCCCAGAUCGCGCUCUGAUUUACCGUCUGCAGGGGGCGCUGCAGCUUUUAGGAACAGGGAGGAGAGUGAGACACGCAGCGAGAGUUCAGACUUUGAGGUUAUUCCUAAACGCAGACGGAGGCGAGGUUCAGACACAGACUCUGAGAGCGAGGGUGGGAGGGAGUCUGCCAGUGACACCGGACCCUCUGACAGGGAGCCUAGCACCAAACCAAGCCGUCCACUGAGACGAGAGCUCCCUGGGGAGGCCCGCUCUGGGCCCCACAAACCGGGCUUUGGACCUCCUCACAUGGGAGAAAAGGGCGGGAUCAGAGGGGACGAUGACAGCAGGCCAAAGCCUGGGUUCCUCCCUAAAGGAGAGCCUUCAAGGAGAGGAAGAGGAGGACUGUAUAGCAGACGAGGAGGAGCCAGGGAGCGCGGUGGCCCCCGCUCAGCCCCUCUCAGACGGCCCCCUCGAGAGUCCUCCUCACAGUGGCCCUCUAAACCUAUGGAGACAUUCAGACCUGAGGAUGCAGAGUCCGCUCCAAGAUAUGACAAUCACCCUGGAGACAGACGGCCCAAACCUGAUGGAAAGAAAUUUGGGGAGGGGGGUCCUCAGAGUAGUAGAGAAAGGCCUCGUCGAUCCAGACCAGCACGGCCUCCCAGGCAAGACAAACCCCCUCGCUUUAGACGCUUGAAAGAGCGGGAGGCUGCAGUGUUAGCUAGUGGGGAGACAGCUCCAAGUCCCCCGGUCCCACUUCUCCCAGUGCCUGCUGCUGCCCUCCCCAGCUCUGCCCCCACCCAAGUCUCCCUGUCCCCGACCCUGUCCAGAGCUCCAGGGACCCCUCUAACUGUGCCUGCAGAGGUGGCAGCCUCCAUGCCUGCCCCUGACCUGCCCUCUACUUUAGAAGCCUCCUUGCCUGAGUCCAGCAGCCCCCCCAUCACGGCUGUGGGUACCAAGUCCCCCGACCUGUCCAAUCAGAACUCCUCCGAUCAAGCCAACGAGGAGUGGGAGACCGCCUCAGAGAGCAGCGACUUCAACGAAAGGAGAGAGCGAGAGGAGAGGAAAGGAGCUCAGGAGGCUGAUAAGGAAGCAGCCACUGCCUCUGCCCCCCCACCUGCCCCCCCUCAGGGCUCUCUGACCCCCAACAAAAGUUCUCCUGACGGAGGGGUGACCCCGAAACGUGAAGGGGCUCCUGCAGCCAAGAGGAGUUUUUCAAGCCAGAGGCCGACGGAGAGACAGAACCGGAGAGGAAACAGUGGCGGCAAACCAGGCCGGAGCUACACAGGGGGGAAGGGGGAGAGGAGGGGCGGGGCUAAAGCUGGCCGCAAAGGCCCUGCAGCUCAGCAGAACCCAGAUGGGACACAAUCAGCAGCUGGAGGAGCAGCUCAGAGGUCUGCUAAAGAUCAGCCUACUCGCCGCAAAGACGAGGCCAAACAGGCCACCAAGAAGCCCAAAGAGAACGCGCUCUCCCAGUUUGACCUCAAUAAUUACGCCAGUGUUGUGAUCAUUGAUGAUCACCCGGAGGUGACCACCACAGAGGACCUUCAGUCCAGCACCAACGAUGACGGCUUCACGGAGGUCGUCUCACGCAAGCAACAGAAACGCCUGCAGGACGAAGAGAAGAGGAAAAAGGAGGAGCAGACCACUCAGAACUGGAGUAAAAAGGGCUCUGGUGAGAAGGGCAGAGGUGGAGGAGGAAAGCUGCCUCCAAGAUUUGCUAAAAAGCAAUCAUCACAGCAACAACAACAACAGCAACAACAACAGCAGCAGCAACAACAGCAGCAGCAGCAACAACAACAGCAACAACAACAACAGGCGCAGCAGCAGCAGGCGGCAGCCCAGUCCCAGCCCCCUGUGACCCCUGCCCCACAAACCCAACCACCGCCCCCCAUCUCUGCCCCUCAGCAUCCUCACAUGCCCCCCUCACAGCCAGCUGCAGCCCCGCAGACUCUGGAGGGAGCCGUGCCUCCGAUGCCCUCCAUCCCUCCCCCCACUGUGGACUUCACCUCAAAGAGCCUUCUCCCCGCCCCCACGCCGGCACACAGCACUCUGGGUACAGAGCUGUGGGAGAACAAGGUGGCCGGGGCCGCCGUGCUGCCUGACAUCAAAAAACUCGGUCCGAUCAGCCCUCCUCAGCCUCCGUCAGUUAGCGCCUGGAACAAACCUCUUACCUCCUUCACCGGCACCAUCUCCUCUGAGGGUGUGAAGUCGGGGUCAGAGGUCGGUGUUGUAGAUCUGGGAAUAGACAGUAUCCAGUUUGGAGCUCCGUCGUCUGCAGGCAGCACCGACAGCGAUGGAGUCCCGGCGCUGCUGGACAGCGGCUCUGAAAACAAACUACCUGCUCCCAAAGAACAGAGACAGAAACAACCUCGAGCUGGACCAAUCAAAACUCAGAAGCUUCCUGACAUAGAACCAGUGGAAACCAAGGAGUACAAACCGGGUCCCAUCGGAAAGGAGCGCUCUCUGAAGAACCGCAAGGCCAAAGACGCCCGAGGAGGAGAAGUGGAGGGGAUGGAGGGUGGAGUCCCAGGAGGAGGCGUCAGCAGAACCACAGACUCCAGUCCACCCACUAGUGACACCACAGUACCCGAGCUGGUUGGAGACAUCGAAGGCAUGAUCACCGUCCCCUCCGCAGACUACAGCAGUAACUCAAAGGAGUUGGUCACAGACUACACAACGCCCUCCUCCUCGCUGGCUGACAGCGUUCCUACAGUAGGGAACAAGAUGGAGGAGAGUUUGGUGGCGAAUGUGGCUCUCCCUCACUCGCUGCCUCUCCCUCGCAGAGAGACGCUGCAGCAGAGCUCCACCCUCAGCACCGUCUCUCCUGCCACCGUGGACCUGACACUAAAGAUGGAAUCUGCUCGUAAAGCAUGGGAGAACUCACCCAGUCUGGAGAAGAACUCUCCAGUCACCUCCUCUUCCUCCCCCAUCACCUCGUGUGCAUCCUCCUACUCCACCUUUUCCCAGGCCUCCAUGCCUCAGAUCCCUGUGGCUUCCGUCACCCCCAGUACCUCACUGUCAGCAGGCUCUGGUACCUACACCACGUCCUCCCUCAGCACCAAGACCACCACAGCCUCCGACCCGCCUAACAUCUGUAAGGUGAAGCCUCAGCAGCUGCAGGGUGGCGGUCUGUCCUCCAGCAGUAGCAGCAGCAGCAGCAGCUUCUCUCAGCUGGGCUGUGUGCCCCCUCUCCUGCCCCAGCAGCAGCAGACCCCCCAGGUGUACGUCUCUCAGUCUGCAGCAGGUUCUGCAGCUCAGAUUCCUGCCUUCUACAUGGACACUAGUCACCUCUUCAGCACCCCUCACCCUCGCCUGGCUCCUCCCUCUCUGGCCCAGCAGCAGGGCUUCCAGCCGGGCCUGUCGCAGCCGACAGCGGUGCAGCAGAUCCCAAUCCCCAUCUAUGCCCCCCUGCAGGGCCAACCGCAGCACCAACACACACACCAGGCUCAGCUGGGACUCAGCACGGGUCCUCCAGUGUCCCAGCCCCAGGACCUGUUCAGCUCCUCUUUGCAGCCUUACAGGUCCCAGCAGGCCUUCAUGCAGAGCAGCCUCUCUCAGCCCUCCAUGAUGCUGUCAGGACCCUCGCUGCACAGCUACCCCGGCGUGCAGGGCCCCGAGCUGGGCAAGCCUCAGUCUAACCUGGCCUAUCAGCAGGCCUCCUCUACGCAGCACAUCCCCAUCCUGUUUGAGCCGCAGCUCAACCAGCCUUCAGGCAUGGGGGCCUCCCAGCUCAUCGACACUCACCUGCUGCAGGCUCGACAGGGGAUGAACCAGCACUCGAACAUUUACUCCGGACAGGUGCAGCAACAUGGGCAGAGUAGUUACUAUAGCAACACUCAGUCACCCAGCUCUGCCAUGCAACAGGUGACCGUCCCGAUGCCCAGCUCUCAGCUGUCUCUGCCAAACUUCGGCUCUGGUGGAGGUCAGCCUCUCCUGGCUCUGCCCCCGACUCCUCCCCAGGUUCAGCCUCCCAACAUCAACAGGCAGCCUCCAGUGUCUCAGCCGUACCGAGGAAUCAUGGGCCCAAACCACAGCAUGAUGCAGCCCCCCAACAAGAUGGACAUGGACCUGAAGCUGUUUGGCAGUGGGAUGGAUGUGAAGCCUGGAACUCCUCCUGUGGGUGCCAGGAGCACAACCCCCACCUCCAGCCCCUACAGGUACAACUACAGGGCGAGCUCCACGUCUCCCAGCAGUCAGUCCAGUAAGAUGAACAGCAUGUUGUACCAGAAGCAGUUUAACCCAAACUCUGCAGGCAUGAGGAUGGCUCAGCACUUCCCCGGCCAGUUCAACCCACAGAUUCUGUCUCAGCCCAACAUGGUGUCUCCGCUGGUUCGACCUCCUCACGCGAACUCGUUUCCUGGGGGCGUUCAGCGCUCUCCGAUGGGCCCUCCCAUGUCGGCUAAUGUGGGCGGCGGCCUCAUGCCCCACCCCCGAGUCCAGCACCAACAGCACCAACAGCACCAACAACACCAACAACACCAACAGCACCAACAGCACCAACAGCACCAACUUCAACAACACCAACAACACCAACAACACCAACAACACCAACAACACCAACAGCACCAACAGCACCCGCAGCACAGCCAGCACCCUCCUCGAGGACCUCCGGGUCCCCCUCUCGGACCCCGGGGUACACAUGCGUCUCUGAAGGCUGAACAGGACCUGAAGGCGAAGCAGCGUGCCGAGGUGCUGCAGUCCACUCAUAAGUUCUUUUCCGAGCAGCAGCAGCAGCAGCUCAAAGCCCCCCAGGUCAGCAAAGUGGGGGUCCAGCCCCCCCUGGACACCUCGGCCCCAAACCACCAGGCGGCAGUAGAGCGUCCGGAUUCUGACAAACCCCCCGUCUCUGCGGCCAAACCCAUACGGACCGGCCCCAUUAAACCGCAGGCCAUCAAACCAGAAGAGGGCAAGUAGAGAGCAGCCCCGCCCUCUUCAGACGACGAUGUGCACGAUGGAAGAGAGGAGGAGAGAGAGUCCGCCCCAUCACUCUGUCACCGCCUCAUAUCAGCCCCGAGGGAGGGGGGGCAGAGCGGGGGAGGAGGGUGGUCACUGAGAGUGGGGCUCUGGCCUCGUCUUUCUCCCCCCUCGUCCCCCCACAGGGGGAGGGGCCUUUCAGUUGGAUUCUUCCAUCAUUUUAAAACGGCUGCACGAGCUGUUCAUAAAGUCUACAGACGGUAGAUCAGAGAGCUGGAGGAGAAAAAGAGAUUUGCUGCUGAGUUUGCCAUUUUUAUAGAUUUGUGUUCUUUGUUUUAUUUCCGAUAGAUCUCAUGUUAGAGGAGGGAGAACCAAUCAGUUUGUUUUUUAGUCAGAACAAUCUUGUUAAGGAGACGUCACUUUCUGUUCUCCAUCACUAAUCCAGAGGUUUGUGCGUCUCCUCACUCACUCAACGGUUUGAUCCACGGUUUCCUCACAGAGACAUGAAAUUACAAACUCUGUCCUCGUUUUGUUUUCACUUUGAUUUCAGAAUGGAAAUGUGAAAAAUUGCAGCGUUCAAUUGACUUUACUGAUUGAUUUUUGAUUAGUCUGCCUGUGAGCCUUCGCUCCUGCCUUCUGCUCUCAUCUCCUGCCUGAGAUUACUCACGUGUGUGCGUGUGGGCUGUGUGUGUGGGUGUGUGUGUGUGGGGGUGUGUGUUUGUAGCUGGACCCUCCUGUAUAUUUAGCCAAAGGUUGACGCAGAGCAGACGCCGUCACAGCGCUGUGCGAGUAAUGAGUGGAUUAAAAGGAUGAGCACUCCUUACAGCUGUCACACACCCCGUCACUGCUUACACACCUUCCUGGCUAUCACGCCAACACACCCACACACACACACACACCCACACACACACACACACACUUCACUGUAAAGCACCCAGACCUGCUGCUAUGACUGAUCAGUGCCCUUGGCUAGCGUUAGCAGGAUAGGGCUAAUUAGAGGAACAGAGAGUGCGAGGAGCCGAAACAGUAAAAUCUGUGAGUGUGUGUCGCUCCUCAGGGCGAGAGCUCAGAUGAAGGAGAGAAGAUGAGUGAGAAGAAGCCUGAUGUUUGUGUCCGAGCAGAGGACACGAGUUGAUUUGUUGUCUUUUACUGAUGAGAGCGAUCAGUGCUGUUUCCUGUCUCUGCCUCACCUCCGCCGGCUCACCGCCCGCCGCCCGCCCGCCCACAGUGCUUUCAUCUGGGAUUGUGGUGAAAGGGGUCCUUCAGAUAUGUACAGUAGUGAGCACCCUGAGGUGAGGGGGGAGGCCUCCUCACCUCUAACCUAGCUGGGGAAGAGUCCUUGCUUUGGAGGGUGGAUGAGGGAGGGAGGGGGAUGAUUUUUUUCUUUUUGUUUCGUUGAACUUGUACAGGGGUUUCAUCGCUGUAUUAAAGUAUGUACGGUCUUAUUUACAUUCUCUCGGUUUGGUUACAGAAACUAAUAAAAAUAAUAUACUGUU